AUGGGAGAAGAAAAAGAAGCUGAAACUACUCAAGUUCCUGAAUUAUCCACAACAGAAAUAGAAGAACAAAAUGAAAACACAUUGAAUUUUCUUGAUUCAGUGGAUAACUAUCUCAUCUUGAUUGAAUCAUUAACUUCCACACUUCGCCAGGGAUGGCUGGAGUUAGCUAGUGCUAGACAUUCAAUGGGAGGUUCACGUGUAAACAGUGCUUUGCUUACCCUUAAACAACACUCUGCUGCUACAAAAGUGGAAGUAAAUUAUGACAAUGGUGGCUCUAUGAAAAAGUCACCACAGUUGACUUUAUGCAAAUGGACAUCUUCUGACAAAAAAGACUCAUCUUUUGAGAAAGAACACACUGACAAUAAAGAUUCAACAAAAGAAAGCAAUGAAUCUGAAACAAUUGCAUCACCACGUAAAACAGAAAACCAUCUUCAAAAAGAACGAGGGAAAGUACUAUCAAUGUUUGGGGGUUUGGUUUCUCCUAAGCUUCGGGCUUCUCAACUUUCAUUUGAGAAAGCUCUGGAAACACUUGUGGAGAUAGCAAAUGUACGUUCAUCAGUUCUUGGAUCUCAUCAUGCACUGUUACAACACAGGGUUAAGGCUACGAAUAGCACUGAGGAAUGAAAAAAAUGGCCAAUUGGGUUUUAACUAGUGUCCAAAAUAAUAACACUACAGUUUUGACUCCAUAUGUUGUCCACUCUUUUAUAUUCGUCUCCUUGGUGAUUGAUAUUUGUAAAUUACCACUUUUGCUAUUACUUAGUUGGAUGUGACUUUAUUGAACUAUUAUUCUGUCGAUGUUUAUAUUCGUCUUCUAUGAUAUGAUAUUUAAAUAUGUUUUAUAAUAGUCAAGG